GGAAACAGAGACAGCGUCGAGUCUGUGUGUCGUGAGAUGGCUCCCAUCUCACUGGUUUGACAUUUACGAACGCCUUCCCCUUCACCUAUAACAGCAACCACAGCUAAUUAUUAACAAAACAAGUAGAAAACUUUAAGAAAAAUGUUUUCUUUGUCUUCUUUUUAGCUUUGGACGGUUCUUAAUUUUUUUUCCUGCCAGUACCACAUCCGGCCCCGCCAGUUUUUAGCAUCUUUUGAAUUUUACUAUCAGAAGGGUAUCUAAGAGCAUCAUUUGAUUAAUCUUUUGCUGAGGUGUUUGGUUCAAAGGUUCUGGUUUUCAUUUCUGAAAAUAUUUUUUUUAUUUGUGAAAAUGUGGGGGACACCUGCUGAGCCUGCUGAUUCUUACUACGAGGUUCGUCCUGAGUGCACUGAUGUGCCCAAAACUAGAUUCAAAAUCAAGCCUGGUAAAACUCUAAGUGUAAGGAAAUGGAAGGCUGCGUUUAAUCCAGAAGGACAAUUAGAUAUAGGCAAGACUCUAAAUCGAAUCCAGCGAGGGGGAAUCCAUCCAUCAAUAAGAGGGGAAGUUUGGGAAUUUCUUCUUGGUUGUUAUAGUCCUAAGAGUACAUUUGAUGAAAGAGAGGAGUUACGGCAACAACGGAGAAAGCGAUAUUAUCAUUGGAAAAAUGAGUGUCACGAAAUGUUUCCAGUUGUCGGCAGUGGCAAAUUGAUCACAGCGCCUGUAAUUACUGAAGAUGGUCAGCCCAUUCAAGACCCUUUGGUGCUUCAAGAAACAAAUUCAGGUCUGAAUGCUUCCAACACGUCAGAAAUUAUACAGAAUCUUACUAGCCAUGGUACUUUGGAAAAGAAAGUUAUCCAAUGGUUGCUAACACUAAAUCAAAUAGGCCUUGAUGUGGUUCGCACUGACAGGACAUUGGUGUUUUACGAGAAGCAACAAAACUUGUCAAAGCUUUGGGAUAUUCUGGCUGUAUAUGCCUGGAUAGACAGAGAUGUUGGUUAUUGUCAAGGAAUGAGUGAUCUUUGUUCCCCCAUGAUAAUUCUUCUCGAUUAUGAAGCUGAUGCAUUUUGGUGCUUUGAGCGUUUGAUGCGCAGAUUGCGAGGAAACUUCAGAUGUACUGAGAGAUCAAUUGGGGUGGAGACACAACUUAGUAAUUUGGCAUCUAUUACUCAAGUUAUCGAUCCAAAACUUCAUCAGCACUUAGAGACCCUAGGCGUAGGUGACUAUUUAUUUGCUUUCAGAAUGCUUAUGGUGUUAUUCCGUCGAGAAUUCUCCUUUUGUGAUUCACUAUAUCUCUGGGAGAUGAUGUGGGCCCUGGAAUACGAUCCCGACUUAUUUUUCUUAUAUGAAGAAGCUGAAUUAGCUGGAGAUAAAGCUGACAUCUCUAAAGCAAGAGCAAAAUCGGCUCGUCAUUAUGGGAAAUAUGAGAGAGAAAAUUUGAAAAAUAGAGGAAAGAAUCAAGAUGCCCCGCUCCCCAUUUCUGUUUUCCUUGUUGCCAGUGUCUUGAAAGAUAAGAGCUCAAAGCUACUGACAGAAGCUCGCGGCCUGGAUGAUGUUGUUAAGAUAUUGAAUGACCAGACUGGGAAUUUAGACGCCAAAAAGGCUUGUAGUGGAGCUAUGAAACUUCACAAAAAAUACUUAAAGAAGGCCAAGCAGACAGCCCAACGAAGAAAAUGAUGGGCAAUUUCAUCGCUGUGACUUGAUUUGGCACAAGAAAAUAAUAUAAAAUUCACCCAGAGAUGGUGGAUUUGAAUGAUUUUCCAAGUAAAAUGAACUUGGAACAAACAGUAGUUGUAUCUGUAAUUACUAAUUGUAUAUGUAAAUCAAAUUUUUAAAGCAUCAAUACGAAUUCAUAUUUUGUACCAUCUGUUCUGGUCUGUAAUUA